AUAAGUAACCAUUUGUAUUGAUUUUUCGUCGCUUUUCAUACUAUUGAGUUUUACCUGUAAAAAUCAAUUAAUACAGCAGUAAAAUUUUGUUUAUCCAUAGAAAAACAAUAGAAGGAAAGAAUGAGUGCUAUUGCGCGACAGGAAUCUCAUGUUAAGGAGAGUUUAUUUCAGUUUAUUGAAAAAAAUAUCCCCUCGGCGGACGUAAGUGCUAUAGAUGAUAUUGUACUUGCGUAUGUCAUUUCUAUCCUUGAAGAAGCCUCCCAGGAUCCCUGCUUUGAUGUCGAAGGCUUCAUAGAAAUGAUGUCUGCUUAUAUCCCAAAGUUUGCUACCAUUGAGCCGGGGAUGGUGUGCUCGUGGGUUCUAGAGCUAGAGGCGGAACUCACUCGGAGAGACGGUUCUGACACAUUAUCCAGCCACGAUGAUUCAACGGGCAGUGAUAAAAUAAGUCUAACCCUCCAAAGGAUGAGCGAGAUGCUGCCCUCUGUACCAACUAAGAACAAUCGGUCCUCAUCCCGUUCUCACUCCACGUCCGAGAGCUCCGAGGGUGCUGACCGGAGGUCUUCCGUCAUAGAGGAGGAGUACCCCGAGCAGUGUAGAGCGCUGCACGAGAUGUUCCCCAACACCUGCGCCAUGGAGAUAAAGCACUGCGUGUCCAUCGCGUGCGGGGACGCCGAGCGCGCCGCCGCCACUCUGUUACACCGCCGCGAGCAAGGCCACGCUCUCACGACGCUCCACGCCACCCGACACGCGACACUGUGUGACGACAGCGAGCUCAAGAACAGGAUCAUCGCCAGAUAUUCUUACGUGGACAAGAACUCGGACACCAAGGAGCACAAACCGCUGGCGCCCAAGUUUGAACCGAAGAAAAUGGUCCGCUACAGAGAUAACAAGAUAGUGUCUCUGAAAGGAGAGAGGUUCACUGAGGUGCCGAAAUCCGGUAUGGACGAGGAGAACUUAAAGAAACAAAAAAAACAGCAUUGCCCUUAACCAUUACAGCCACGUCAGUACGGUGAAAGAGCGGUCUCCGCCACCGCGACCUUUGACCCCGUAGUAACCCACACACGCCCCAAAGUCAAUGUACAAACAGACGCACACACGCACCGACCCAUAUAUACACGUACAGUAUAUAUCUAUGUAGCUAUGUGCCAAUUCUUAUUGGCGUGUGAUCCGUUUACGCGCAAAAUAUAUUAUACAAGGGAACAAGUUUACCGUCUGACGUGGCUCGCGCCUUUUAAUGAUUGCUUUAUGUUUGCCCGCGGACUCUUCGCUCGGGGCUGUCACCCGCUGGCGUCACUUUUGACAUUGACGUUCGAUGUCAUGGCACUCGUGACACUGACAUGCCUGACCCUGAUCAUUUUUAUGACACUGACAUUCAAAAUUGUGACGAUGAAUAUGAAUCUGAUGACGUCUGUUAAAUUUAAAUCUCCGAUCAAGAUGACUCCGCGUUUUAUGAGCGCGUCGUUGCCCGUGAUGCCUUUAUUGCUAUACAUUUUUGUUAGACUGACGUUUAUGACGUUGACGUCAUUUGUGACGCUGACAUCUCCGAGCACACUUAUCGACAAGACGCUAUUUGUGACAUUAACGUUCCCGCGCAAACUUGUAUCAGUGACGUGUGUGCCGUUUGCGACAUUGCCAGCCUGUGGGCGUGCGCUCUGUGUUAGUGUUAGUGAUGUAGGCGCGCGUUGUUCCCGUAUUAGUUGCGCGGCGUUUUGUUCGACCGCUUUUUCAUGUACUGAUUAUUUUUAUAGUUUGUAUUAUUUGGAACUUUUUAGUCAUUUUAAUUUAUACGUUUCGUUUGUGUGUAGUUUGUUUGUACGCGACAGUAUUAUUCGGUCAUACGGAGCUAUGGCACGCGUGUCCAGGGAGCCCCGGGCGAAAUGUGUUCAAGACGUUAGGUGUGUAGGUAAUGAUAGAAGUGACGGAUGUGCCAUAGCUAGCGUAGUGCAUAAUUCUAUACAUUUAGAUAGUUAUAUGAAAUGUAUAUGUUUAUUAAGCAAUUUUAGGUUGAAUAAUGUAAAAUUUAAACCUUGUAUAGUUUUAAGUGUAACACGUCUGACGCCUGUGAUUGUUAUUUUUAUGGUUAGUAUUAUUAUUAUUAUAGUUUGGACGUUUUUUGUGAUCAUCUGUGAUUUUGUUGCCAUUUGUAGAUGUUUAUUUAUUUCUCUCGUGUUACCGAACUGUUGUGAUCGGAAGUGAUUCCGGAUUUUUUUUUUUUUUUACGUGAUUAACAUAUUUUUUAUUGUAUUAUUUUUGUGAGCCCAUUGAAUGGGUGUGCAAUGAACUCAGCACAGCUGAUCUUUGUGUGUGUGUGUGUGUGUUUUUUUUUAUUGCGUGUAAACCGUCUCUGGUAUGGAACAAACAGAUCUGACACGUCUAUGUCAUUUAUAAAAGAUUUAUAUGAGUGACAUAUGUUUUAUUAUAUAUUUUUUUAUUUCUUUAUUUCGUUUUUCUUUACUAGUGUUGAGGCCAAACACGGUGCUCGGUGAUAGCCAAAAUAUCUCAGACAGUAUUUAAAUUUAGAUUAAUUUUUUUUUCUAUUGUGUUUGUUUAUAAACGAACGCUUAAAGAUAAACAGAUGCUAUAAACGUAAUUUAUUCUUUGAAUCUCGACCUCAAUAAUAUUAUAAUUUUAUUAUGUUACUGAAUUAUUUUUAACUGCUCUGAUUCCGUGCCUACAUUUGAUGAAGUGAUUCCAUCAAAAUGCGUCCAGCCGUUGUGUUUGUAUGUUAAAUUUGAAUUCCCGUUGGGGUCUCGUUGUUUUGGUAGUUAGCUACGUCCCGAUACUAUCCACCAGUAUACAAUGGCACCAGAAUGACAGAUGACUAACUCGCCGCAUUUAUUUUAUUGUAAGUAUCGCGUGACGCGCACUCGAUGUCAUAUCCAGUCUGAUGUGAUCAAUACAAUGUAUCAAUAUAUCAAAUAAACCCUUCAAAA